AUGGCAGUAACAAGAAGCAACCACGGCAGAGAAGAAAAUUCGUCAGAUGAAACGCAGGCCACGGACCAGACCGGCGAUACAUCUGGUACAGGAGAGACGUCAGGCACAGGCGAGACGUCACGAACAGGCGAUACGUCACGCACAGGCGAGACGUCAGGCACAGGCGAGACGUCGGGCACGGGCGAGACGUCAGGCACGGGCACCACCACAAGAACGCGCGCUGCAACAGAAGCCAGCAUCGCCGGCACCAGCACGAAUGGGGGCCCAGCCGACACGUCGGGAAUCAGAGCAACGCCUGCAGUUAGCACCGUCGCCACACUCGUCGGGCGAGAUUCCGUCGAGUUAAUGCCACCGCCGCCAGUUCCCGCUAAGCCCGCUCGGUCACACCGAUCCAAGGCCUCCAGCAAGAGACUCCUCGCGGAGUUAGAGGCCAAGGAGAAGUUAGCCGAGCUGGAGCUGAAGCGCGUACAAGCCGAAACAGAACUAGCAAGAAUCAGACAACAAAGACUCGACCUCGCCUCGUCAAGGGAAGAGUCUGAAGAGGAAGAGGACCUUGCUCCACAACGCAUUGCCGAUUGGUUCAACCGCCGCCCAGAACAACCAACAGCGAUUGAAGAAGAGCCCGCCCAUGAAGAAGCACACGUGCCGGCCCCGCGCGCCACUAGAAAACACGCGCGGCCGGAGGCCCCUCGAGCCACCCACGCCAUGGACGUGUCAUCGCUGACCGCCGCCCUAACAGAAGCCAUCCAAGCCGGCAAGUCCUACAGAAAAUACAUACCAGACCUGCCGACAUUCAGUGGCCUAUGCAACGAGUGGCUACAAUUUAAAGCCGCGUACAACGAGUCCGCCCCCAGUUUCGCCGCAAGUGAAAACGUCGCCCGUAUAAGAAAAAGCCUCAAGGGAGUAGCCUUGGAAGCCGUAAGCGCCCUCCUCAUCAGCCGGCCGCACCCCGAGGACAUCAUUAAAGCACUAGAAAGAAGAUACGGAAGGCCAGACGCAUUACUCGUCAACGAACUGGAGAAGAUGAAGGGACUGCCGCGACUCACCGACAGCCCGCGCGACCUGUGCAUAUUCGCCAGCAAGAUCGCAAACACUGUCACGACUAUCGAGAUAUUGAAGAAGCCUCAGUACCUCUACAAUCCAGAGCUACUGCGGUCGAUGGUCGAUAAACUCACGCCUAUACUUCGAAGCAAGUGGUACGACUACGCGGCCACGAGAGAAGAUACGCCCGAGCUUAAGAAGAUUGCCGACUUUCUAAACAACGAAGCCGACAAGUGCACGCCUUACGCUCCGCCUGAAAAUACGACGGAGAACAAAGAAGUGAGGACCGCAAGAAAGAAGCCCGAGCGAACGUACGCCGCUACCGCCGACACUAAGAAGCCAAGAGAAGAGAAGCAAGCGUGUCCACUAUGCGAACACGCUACUCACCAACUGCCGUCGUGCCCGCAAUUCAUCAAAAUUGACACGAACGAGCGCUGGGAAGUAGCGAAGAAACACAACAUUUGCUACCGAUGCCUCGCUAGCAAGCAUCGCCGCUUCGCGUGUCGUGCGAAGCCCUGCGGCCACCUGGGCUGCCCCAUGAGACAUCAUCGCCUACUACAUCACGAGAAGACGCCGCAAUCAGUCGCCGCUGCGCAAGUCGAGCCACCACAACAACAUAAACCGGAAGAAAUAGUGGCCUCGGCAGUGAACACAGUCGCCUGCGCACAACCACGAACGAGCCGCGCCUACCUGAAGAUAGUGCCAGUAACACUGCGCGGCCCGCGAGCGACGCUAGACACGUUCGCCCUAUUAGAUGAGGGCAGCACGGUGACAAUCAUCGACUCAGCACUGGCGGACGCACUCGGGCUAGACGGUCCCACUGAACCAAUGUGGGUGCAAGGCGUAGGCGGGAAAGAGAUGGAGCACAAUCAGAGCAGGAGGGUCGAGGUCUUCAUCAAGAAUAAGCACGACAGCCAAGAACAACGCAUAACGAACGCGCACACCGUCGGCAGCCUCGGCUUCACCACACAGUCGAUCGGCAUGGAAGAAAUAGACGGCUGCGCGCACCUCCGGGGUAUCAAGCACAAGUUAACCUACCGCGGUGCAACCCCACAAAUACUCAUCGGCCAGGACAACUGGGACCUGAUCGUGUCACGAGAAAUAAGAAAAGGCCGGCGCGGACAACUCGUCGCGUCGAGGACCCUACUAGGAUGGGUACUUCACGGCUGUCGCACCACAAAAGCGAAGCCGAUCGCCUACUGCUGCGCACAUCACUCUGAUCCCGAACAACAAGCUCUACGCAUACUAGAAGAAAAGAGCCGCCGCCUACCCAAUGGCCGGUUCGAGACGGGGCUACUGUGGCGCAACGAAACAGAGAAGAUACCUAACAAUCGCACCGACGCACUCAAGCGGCUGCACACGCUCGAGAGGAAGCUGGAUCUCUGCAAUCCAGAGAAGCCGAAGAUUAGACUGGUCCACGAUGCUGCGGCCACCUCACACGGUCGCAGCCUCAACGACAUGCUACAUACGGGCCCAGAUUUCCUACAAUCGCUACCCGGCGUCAUCAUGAAGUUUCGACAACAUAGCAUCGCAGUCUCAGCCGACCUGAAAGAAAUGUUCAUGCAGAUAAAAAUAAGAGAAGAAGACCGGGACGCCCUCCGCUUCUUAUGGAGGGGCGAUCGCCGCGAGGGAGAGCCAGAAGAGUACCGCAUGACUUCCGUCAUAUUCGGCGCGUCAUCAUCACCGUGCACCGCCCUAUACAUAAAAAAUAGGAAUGCACAAGAACACGCGACACAGUACCCGCAAGCCGCGCGAGCGAUAGAGCGAAAUCACUACAUGGACGACUAUCUACAAAGUUUCGACACAAUAGAAGAGGCAAGACAAGUAACAAGAGACGUCGACUAUGUGCACAAAAAAGCCGGGUUCCAGUUGCGAGGAUGGGCCACGAACGAAAAAGAAGCAAUAAGUAACGUCGUCGGCAGCGAAGAGCGAGAGGGAAAUACUGUCCCUAUCGGCGGGAGCGAGAUAGAAAAAACGCUCGGCCUGCUAUGGAACACAAAUGAGGACAGUAUCCGCUUUCGCCUCAAUACAAGAAGAGCGCAGCCCGAAGUAAUCAACGACCUGCGGCCUCCGACGAAGAGAGAAGCACUCAGUGUCAUUAUGUCAAUUUUCGACCCGCUCGGCCUCAUAUCACCAAUCACUACGCCGGCCAAGCGAAUCAUGCAAGACACGUGGCAACAUAGCACAGGCUGGGACGAAGCGAUACCAGAGCAGCUACACGAACGCUGGAGCGAAUGGCUACGACAACUUCGAGACCUAGGUACCCUAAAAAUACCUAGGUGCUACGACACUACGCCCGCCGCCACACACGAGCUGCAUACUUUCGUCGACGCCAGUGAAGAAGCCUACGCCGCCGCAGUGUAUUGGAGAAUGACGCGAGCCGACGGCUCAGUCAAGAUAGCCCUAGCCGCCGCAAAAAGUCGAGUCACACCCAGGAAACCGGUCUCCAUUCCUAGAUUGGAGCUACAGGCGGCCGUCCUAGGCGUACGGCUAGCAAAAACAGUCGUCGAAGAACACAAUUUCGAAAUCACUUCGAAAACAUAUUGGAGUGACUCUCGCACGGCACUGGCAUGGAUACGCGCCGAGCCCCGCACAUUCAAGACGUUCGUGGCACACAGACUCGCCGAAAUAGAAGACUGCACUAAGAAAAACGAGUGGAGAUGGGUACCGACAGCACACAACGUGGCCGACGACGCGACCCGCGCCACCCCGGCAGAUUUCGACUCGCAACAUAGAUGGUUCACCGGCCCGCCCUUUCUCUAUGAACAAAAAGAGACUUGGCCCCACGAGAAUAAGGUCGAAGUUCCCGCGACCGGCGAAGAAAAAGAGACGUGCGCUGCGAUCGCCGUCCUUACGCAAGAUAAACACGCAGCUAUACCCGAGAUCGAACGCUUCUCAAAAUGGAUGCGGCUGCUGCGAGCGACCGCGCGCGUGCUACAGUUCAUCGACCUAGUGCGCCCUCAACCCCGCGCGCCCGCCCCGCCCGCGACACAACUUAUCGCGGCGGCGAAGCGCAAGCGGACACGAGCGAACGCGGAACAAGACGGCGCAUGGAACAAACGCACGCAACACACGCGCGUGCCCGCCAAGAGUGCAGCUACCCAACCCCAAGAGGAGAAGAAAUACUUAACGCUAGAAGCCAAAUACCUAAACGCCGCCGAAAAGUUACUAAUACGCGCCUCACAAGAAGAUAGCUACGAGAAAGAGAGAAGGCGAAUAGCGAGCGGCCGUACGCCCGACAAGGACGACCGACUGGCCAAGCUGAGUGUUUAUAUGGACGAGGACUGUAUCAUACGACUACGGGGAAGAAUAGCGGCGGCCGGCAACAUACAAGAAGAGACAGUGCAACCAGUAGUGCUAUAUGGGAAGCAUCACUACACGAAAUUGUAUGUUUCUCAUGUGCAUGAACAAUUACAUCAUGGCGGUACGGAAAUAGUGGUGAACGAGUUGCGACAGCGAGUGCACAUAGUGAAAAUAAGGCCGACAGUGAAACAAGUGAUCGCUCAGUGUCCGAGAUGUCGACUACGUCGUGCGAAGCCCGCGGCCCCGGCCACUGGUGACCUACCGGCGGCACGCCUGGCGCAUUAUGUGAGGCCCUUUACCUACACGGGUCUAGACUACUACGGGCCGCAAGAAGUCACAGUGGGACGUCACAGAGAAAAAAGGUACGUCGCGCUGUUCACAUGUAUGACGUCGAGGGCCGUACACCUAGAAAUGGUAGCCUCACUAAGCACGGACUCGGCCAUCAACGCACUACGCCGUUUCAUUGCCCGGCGCGGGUGCCCUACAGAGCUGUGGAGUGACAACGGGACCGCCUUCAGAGGAGCCAACCGCGAGUUGACGGAAGCCAUGAGAGACGCCGCCCACGCGCGCCGCAUAAACUGGCGUUUCCUACCCCCCGCCGCACCCUUCAUGGCGGGCGUGUGGGAACGUAUGGUGCGCACGGUGAAAGAAGCUAUGAAGGCCACCCUACAUGAAAAAUACCCGAGCGACGAGACUCUACAAACCCUACUGGCGGAGGCGGAGGCGACGGUCAACUCGAGGCCCAUAACCUACGUAGCGGUGAAUCCAGAAGACCCGCCGGCACUGACUCCAAACAUGAUACUGCUCGGGCCGGACUGCUACACCCCGGCUCCCGGCACCUUCGAAGAGAGCGACAUGAACGCGCGACAACACUGGAGGCGCGCCCAGCAGCUGGCCGACACCUUCUGGCAGCGCUGGGUUCGCGAGUACGCGCCGCUACUACAACACCGGCGGGAGCCCCACGGCGCAGGAGUCACCCCGGCCGUCGGCGAUGUCGUAAUAAUAUGCGACUCCAACCUCCCCCGCAACAUAUGGCCACGUGGAAUAGUGAAGCAGACGUAUCCGGGCAAGGACGGCGUGGUACGAGUCGUGGACGUCACCACCAGCAGAGGACACGUGCUGAGGCGGCCAACAAAGAAGAUCGUCGUGCUACCAGUGGGAUCGCAAGGCGACGGCGGGAGAAAUGUACACGACGCGCAUAGUAUUUUGUAA